UACAGCAUCGAUUCACGCGUAUAUAAAGACAGGUGUCGCGGCUUACGUCCGUACAAUUGCUUCUGCCUGUGAAUAAUACGCACUUAGAGCCAUGAAGUUCGCAUUGGUGUGUCUGCUCACUGUCGUGGCUGUUGCGUACGUGUACGCACGACCGGAGGAGUACACGCAUAGGUUUGACAGUAUAAACAUAGAUGAAAUUCUACAAAACGACCGAUUACUGAAGCGAUACGCCGACUGCCUGCUGGACAGAGCCAACGGCAAAUGUCCCGCUGAAGCCGUUGAACUGAAAAAGGUCUUAGGCGAAGCGUUGGAGACCGAAUGCGCGAAGUGCAGCGAUCACCAAAAGGAGAUGGUGAAGAAGGUGAUAAAGUUUAUAGUCAUUAAUAAGCCGGACAUCUGGAGCGAUCUGAAGGCAAAAUACGAUCCGGAAGGGAAGUACACGAAGAAAUACGAGGAUAUGGCUAAGCAAGACGGCAUCCAACUAUAAUAGGCGUUGAAGAAAAACAGAAAUGAUGUCGCGUCAUUAUUAUUAACGUAGCACUUGUUUUAUUGCCUUCCCGUAAACGACAAAAUUAAUAUGUAUAACGUGCGUAUGCAAAUAAAAUAUUGCCUGUAGCAUAUA